AUGCUGAUCUCAGUGGUCUUUCUCCUCAUCCUUAUCCCUGCACCUUCUCUACAAGACACAAAUAGUGAGAAGAAAAAGUCUACAACCAAUACUACUGAUCCUAUUGUUCCAAAGUCAGUAACUACAUUAUUAAACAUCAAAAUGAAAAACCAAACUCAUCCUAUUUCUACAAAAACUAAUAGUGUCAAUCAGGCAAAGCUCACUGAGGUUGGUGUCCAGAAACCUGUUGUUUCUCUAAAAGGUGCACUUCGAGACAAGAAAAACUCUACUAUCAAGUCAACAACCCACACCGGCAGUCUUAAGCCAGUAACUAUGUCAUUAAACACAAAAAUGAAAAAACAAACUCAUAUUUCUUCCCCAAAAACUACAAUUGUCAACGAGACUCUCCCAUCCACGACAAAGCCUGCUGUGGAUGGUGUCCAGAAACAUGUACCUAGUCGUCAAGAUACAAUAAGCAAGAAGAAAAAUUCUACAACCAAGUCAGCAGUCAACAUGAUUAAUCUUGAUUCUUCAAAGCAAGUAACUACGUCAUUACCCAACAAAAAAACAAAACAAACUCAAACUGCUUUCUCAAAAACUAGCAGCGUCAAUCAUACUCUCUCAUCCUCUACAAAGCCUGCUGUGGAUGAUGUCCAGAAACCUGUGACUUCUCUUCAAGACACACUUAGCAAGAAGAAAAAUAUUACUUCCAAGUCAACAGCCAGCACUAUUAAUCUUGAUGUUUCAAAGCCAGUAACUACAUUAUUAAACACCCAAAUGAAAAACCAAACUCAAUCUUUUUCCUCAAAAACUAAUAGCGUCAAUCAGACUCUCCCAUCCUCUAAAAAGAUUAUUCAAGAUAAUGUCCUGAAACCUGUGACUUCUCUUCAGCCCACACUUAGCAAGAAGAAAACUACUACAAAGUCAACAGCCAGCACUACUAUUAUUGAUGGUUCAAAGCCAGUAACUACAUUAUUAAACACUAUCAUGAAAAACCAAACUCAUCCUACUUCCUCCAAAAUGAGUGGUGUCGAUCAGACUCUUCCAUCAUCUACAAAGCCUGCUGUUGAUGAUGUCCUGAAACCGGUGCCUUCUCUUCAACCCACACUUAAGAAGAAAAAUACUACUACUAAGUCAACAGCCAGCACUAUUAAUCAUGAUAUUUCAAAGCCAGUAACUACAUUAUUAAACACCAACAUGAAAAACCAAACAAAAUCCUUUUCUUCGAAAACGAGCAACGUCAAUCAUACUCUCCCAUCCUCUACAAAGCCUGCUGUAGAUGAUGUCCAGAAACCUGUGCCUUCUCUUCAACCCAUACUUAGCAAGAACAACACUACUACUGAGUCAACAGCCAGCACUAUUAAUCAUGAUGUUUCAAAGCCAGUAACUACAUUAUUAAACACCCAAAUAAAAAAACAAAUUAAACCUUCUUCCUCGAAAACGAGCAGUGUCAAUCAGACUCUCUCAUCCUCUACAAAGUUUGCUGUGGAUGAGGUUCAGAAUCCUGUGACUUCUCUCCAACCCACACUUAGCAGGAAGAACAACACUGCUACUAAGUCACCAGCCAGAACUCCUAAUCAUGAUGUUUCAAAGAUAGUAACUACCAUCUUAAACACCCAAAUGAAAAACCAAACGAAAUCUUCUUCCUCAAAAACGAGCAGUGUCAAUCAGACUCUUCCAUCCUCUACAAAGCCUGCUGUGGAUGAUGUCCAGAAACCUGUGACUUCUCUUCAAGACACACUUAGCAAGAAGAAAAAUAUUACUUCCAAGUCAACAGCCAGCACAAUUAAUCUUGAUGUUUCAAAGCCAGUAACUUCCUUAUUAAACACUGACAUGAAAAACCAAACUAAAUCUUCUUCCUCAAAAACAACCAACGUCAAUCAAGCUCUUCCAUCCUCUACAAAGCCUGCUGUGGAUAAUGUCCAGAAAACUAUGCCUUCACUUCAACCCACCCUUAUCAAGAAGAAAAAUACUACAACUAAGUCAACAGCCAGCACUAUUAUUCUUGAUGUUGCAAAGCUAUUAACUACAUUAUUAAACACAGACAUGAACAACCAAACUCAUCCUACUUCCUCCAAAAUUAGCGACAUCAAUCCAUCUCUCCCCACCGUAAAGCCUGCUGUGGAUGUUGUCCAGAAACCUCUGAAAGACAAAACUGCAGCAAUUUCACCUAUUAAAGUAGUCAUCACUGAGGGUUGCGUUCAAAAGAAGCAUCAGACAGAUGCUGUUAAUGAAACCAAAGCACAAGAAACCAAGUUAAAUUUGAAGCCUGGAUUUCCUCUGGUUGUGACCCAUAAUAUAAACCUGGAGCCAGGAGCCUGCACAGAAGGUUGUGAAACAGAGAUGGCUGCUCUGAGGGAUAGGGUUGAGCUCCUUGAGAAGGAGAUGUCAACUCUUAAGAAGAUGUCUGCUGACAAGAAAGUCCAAGUAAGUGUUGAAACUGUGACUAUGAAGAUAUCCUAUAAGAACAACACUGCUCAGCCAGAACAAUCUGUGAAGACAAAGCCAGACAAGACCAUAUUUGGGAAAAAUACAGAUUCAAAGGAACAAAAGAAAGACAAACCAUCAGUGACAAUUGGGCAAGCUCUGCUAAAGCACAAAGGUGAAAAGCUGCAAAAACUAACAGCAAAUGGCAAAACAACAGUGGUAAAACUGAGUUUAGACAAACAAUCAGGAGUUGAUCUCAAGUUGAAAACCAACAAAAAUAAAGAGUCCACUGACAAGUCCAGUUCAAAGAAACAUAAUAGUAAAGAUCAGUCUGUCUAUCAGAAUGUGACUAAAAAAAUUGAGAAGACGGUUAGUGGAACUUCCAAAGUUCUACUGAGCUUGGGCACCAAAGGUACCUCGAAUGUGACAUCAUCCAGGAGAAAAAGCCUUGUGAAAACAGCAGGUGAUCAAGGGAAAGUAAGCAAGACUGAUGUUGGAUCUACUGAAAAAGAAAAGAAGCUAAAUGUCAAUGUAACAACAACUCUCAAAGUUGAGAAGAGGUCUGAUAAGCAUGUAAAUGAGACAAGUAUUGAAUCCAAAGCUCCCACAAAGCAUUUCAACACAACUAGAAGCAGAUUAGUUAUUGGAUCAGUUGAUGUUCAUAAUAUCACAUCUACUGGGUUCAUUAUGUCUUGGGAAGCACCUCUAGACAAUUUCAAGAACUUCACUGUAACAAGAAGGGAAAUCUGGGCAGGAAAUGAUGUACAAGAACAUUCCAAUAAAAAUCGGGAUGGUGCAGUGAAAGUGGGAGACAAAGGCCCAGCGGCUGGAAAUGUGACAGAGGACCAAAGGCCUGGUCCAAAUAGAACUUUUAAUUCAGUCCACAGUAGUAAGCUUGAUGGGAGGUCUGUGAAAAAGUUCUUGCAGGUUCUCGCUGGUACAGUGCGCUCCUAUCAUUUUAAAGGCCUACAGCCUCAAACACGGUACUCAGUUUCCCUGUAUGGCUCUGGUUUUGGAACACGCUCCAAAAUUCACCACCUUACAAUAUCCACAGGCCCUGAGCCACCCACUGACCUGAUGUUCAGCAAUAUAACAGAAACCACUCUCUCCGUUUCCUGGACAAAACCUAAAAGCAUUUUCACAAAAUUUAAAGUCACAUACACCAACACUGAAAAUGGUGAGAGUGGCUCUAUGUUUGUUGACUCCCAGCUGUCCCAUGUUCUCCUGUCUAAACUCUCUGCUGGUUCCACUUAUGACAUCACUGUGAUCUCAGUCAUUGAGUCAGUAGAGAGUGACCCAAUCACGGCUUCUGUCACUACAGUGCCUGAUUCACCAACUGAACUGAAGGCGUUGAUCAUAACGGACACUAAAGCUCUGCUGGUAUGGAAGCCGUCUCGAGCUAAAGUGGACAGCUACAUCCUUAGUUAUGGAACUACAAAAUCUCCUAAUGUGACUGUCACAGUGACAUUAUCUGGCAGUACUGUGGAGCAUCACCUCAGAGGCCUGCAACGAUCUUCUCUUUACAUUGUGAAAAUCACAAGUCAAGUCAACCGGCUCCAGAGUAGUGCAGUCUCCACAACCUUCACAACAGGAAGUGGAGUGAAGCUUCAGGUAGUGACUCCAAAUGAGUUGACCUUCCACUCAGCUGUGAUUUCAUGGAAGGCUACCCGCGUGCCUUUUAAAAGUUAUAGACUCACAUACCAACUGAGAGAUGUAGUCAAGGAGGUGAUUUUAAAUCCAUAUGUGACCCAGUUUGAGUUGACUGGACUGGCAGCUUUCUCAAACUACACUGUGAAUAUAGAUGGAGAAAGGGAUGGACAGUACAUCAGUUUUGUCUCUGCUGAGUUUACCACUGCCCCACUCCCAUACCAAUACCCUACAGACUGCUCAGAGGUGCAGAUGAAUGGAAUGAAGGACUCGGGAAAGGCAGAGAUCUACCCUGAAGGGAAGGAUGGAGAGCCAGUGUGGGUCUACUGUGACAUGGAGACAGAUGGAGGAGGCUGGACAGUAUUCCAGAGGAGAAUGGAUGGAUCUACUGAUUUCUUCAGGAGCUGGAGAGACUAUAGUAAAGGCUUUGGUCUGCUGAGUGGGGAAUUCUGGCUGGGAAAUGACAUCCUUCACUCUCUAACCAGCCUUGCACCAAUGAGCCUACGUAUUGACCUGAGUUCAGGAAAUGACACAGCCUAUGCAUAUUAUGCCAACUUCAACAUCAGCUCUGAGGCUAAUCACUAUUCACUAGAGCUGUCUGAAUACUCUGGCACUGCUGGUGAUUCCAUGAGAUAUCACAACGGUCGACCAUUCUCCACAAAAGACAAAGACCCAAACACUCUUAGCAUCCACUGUGCCAAGGCCUACUUUGGAGGAUGGUGGUAUAAAAAUUGCUACAAGGCAAAUCUCAACGGCCUCUAUGCUGCCUUCUCAAACAACAAGGGUGUGGUGUGGAUAGACUGGAAGGGCAAAGACGCAUCUAUCCCAUUCACUGAGAUGAAGCUUCGUCCCUCCUACUUGAGUCAAUUGGCCCCGACAACCCCAACAACCCAAGGUUAAUUCUACAAUGAAUAGUAGACACUCCUAACAAAUACACUGUACAACUCUCUUACACAAUGCUACUUCAUUAUUGUAUAUAGGUCAACAACAUCCACAUCAACUCUCUCUAGGACAAUAUAUAUCAUUGUGUUUUUAUUCAUUAUAUCAUGCUUGUUACAAGCUUUAAAUAACUGUAUUCCUCCAUAAUAUGUUAUUGUGGUUAAACAAAAAUUGUGAACAAAUUGAAUAGAAAGUGAAUGUCACAAAUUCCAGCCAAUCAAAACUUUUUUAAAUGAGUAUCUUUUUUUUUAUUUGUGUGUGUUUUUUAAAUGUAGUGCUAAGAAAUGUGUAUCAAUGCAUGUGUCUAUGUCAAGUAAAGCGUUAACAUUAUGAAGGUUGAUAUUCCUCAACAUUGCCGCUACUGGAAUGACUGCACUGUUUUGCUCUAUUGGUUUGAAAUGUUAAAGACAAAAGAGUCUAUGCAUGUCCUGUUCAUAUGACUGGUUUAGAGUUCCUCUCGGUGUUGGGUUCAUGUCGGGUUUACUUUUGAUGUCUCAAGAUUUGAAUACAAAAUCAAUAAAACAAAG